AUGGGGGAACCACGGCGUCUGGCGGCGCGCAAGUCAUGUGGCUGGCUGCCUGGGUUGAAGUACGGAGUCGUGAUAUUCUCUAAUUCUGGAGCCGCUUCGCAUUCCUCGGAUACCAUUCUUUCGCUUCGAUUGCUGGAGGAUAGGCUGGACGUUUCCCCCAAAGAUCUAUACAGAGCUGCUGACAAGAUAGGAGAGGAUGGGCGGCGGGACGAGUAUAUUCUCACGCACCCAAGAGAUGUCCUCUAUCCAGAAAGGCCAACGACUCCGCUGCCGGCCACUGCAUCCCAAAGCCAAUUAUUAGGAAGGUACUGGGAGUCAGGCUACGGCAUGAUGUAUCUCGCCGAAGAAGCCGAGACUGACGAGAGCUCUGGGAUGCGGACGAUUUUGGUAGCCCGUCGCUCCGACAGAGCGUCCUUGGGAGAGAUUCGCUUCGAGCACGUUUCUGACGACUAUUGGAUUGCUCAUGUAUGGGAUCCAGACGUCGAGGACAGCCCCGGCUAUGGGGGCGGACACUUCAAGUUUGAUGUCGGUGGGCGGGUGGCUGCCUUGGAAAUAAUCAUUUCGCUGCCGAGGCGGGAUAUAAAUGAAGGCAUAAUCACGCUUGACAAGGUAGGGUAG